CAGCUUUCGGGCCCGUGGCCACGUUAAGUGUGUUUUGGGGGGAUCUGCCCCUCAAGAGCCACUGAGGAACCUUUGGGGGUUUGGAUGCUCUGUUCACCCCUCGCUGUGGAGCAGCCGCUCUGCAUUUCAUGGCUCUGACACCCCGAAGUUUCCAUCAAGCAGGAGUUUGACUAGAACUGCAACAGCUCAACUGUUCUCCUAAAAUUAUAAACCCCUAAAGUUUCCUACGUUUCCUCAAAAUUUCCUUACACUUUCCUUAAAGAUUUCUAAAAUUAUAAGCUGCUGAAAUAGGGGGUUAUAAGCAACAGACCUUACCCAUUAGGAGCAUCCCCAACAUGGGGAUGAGGGGUGUGUUGUCCACCAGACCUGCGCCUUUCCACUCUUUUCUGGGUUCGGUUUGACACAUCAGGGUUCAGAAUAGCUCUGGGAGGAAAAUCCCCCCCUGCAGGAGCCCUGAUAUGGGUUUCAUCAAAACCGAUACCCCUUCUUCUGCCUUCAAACAUGCAAAAGCAGCUUGUGCUGACUUCCCACUUUCCUUUCCCCCUGUCCCAGGCGACCGGGAUCCCCCCAGAUCGGUGCGGGAUGUGGGGCUGCAGGUCCCUUCCUUGGGGUGCCCCCGGCUUGGUUGUGGGGUGUUCAGGGCUGGGGGUGGGGCUGACCCCCCCCCGCCUCCCGCAGCGGGAGGUGACAAAGCCCCGGGGCCGCCCCUGUCCCUGUGUCCCCCCCGCAGCGAUGAUCGUCGUGUCCAUCCCGGCGGCGGAGCCCCAGGGUGGGACCCGCAGCCCCGACAAGGCGCACACGAUCAAGAAGACCUGCAAGGUCCCCGACUUCCCCCCGCGCCGUGUCCCCAACUGGAUGCCCAAGGGUGUCCUGUACCACAACGAGGAGCUGCCCCAGGACGUGCUGGAUUUCCUGAAGGUUCGGCGCUGCCAGCAGGACCCCAAGGCCAGCGGCCCCCCCAGCGCCGGCCGCCUGCCCUCCCAGCGCCCCGUCAUCGGGUUCUGCACCGACCCCUACGCGCGGCCCCUGAGCCCCGAGCUGCUCCCCGACACGGUGCUCAGCGGGGUGCUGCAGGGCCUGUACCUGCCGUGGGGCUGCCCCCCAUGUUCGGCUGCCCCCCGAGCCCCCUGCCCACCCUGAGCACCCGGUGCUGGGAGCACCGGGCAGGGGGAAGGAUCCCUGCAGUAAAACUGGGGGUGGGAGAAGCCAAUGGGCACAGUUGCUCACCCACCCCUCCCCAGUGCCUUUGUUGGGGAGCAGGAGCCUUCUGCCCACAUUUUGGGGUUGCGUUCGGAGCCUUCGGAACGCAAACAGUGCUGGAAAACGCUCCUGGCGUCUGGGAUUUGUGUAAUAAAUCACUUGGACUUGAUGACCAAAAGAUGGCUGCGCUGUCGUUCUGCAAAGCCAACCCGUGGGAUCGCAGCCGCCACCAAGGGGGAUGCGCUCGGCUGAGGGGUCCAGACCCCUCCAAGAGCGGCAGAGAGGCGACUCCUUUAAAAAACACGUUGGUCACAUUUA